AACAUGGAGAAAAUUUCAGUUGCAGAAUCUCAGCGACUUUCUGGAAUGGAAAAGGCUUUGCAGAGGCAUAUAAUUGGGCAGCCAGAAGCUGUUGAGGCCGUCAGCCGCGCCGUGCGUAGAGCUAAAGUGGGAAUUAGAGACCCGAGCCGCCCUUUAUCAAGCUUUCUAUUUGCGGGUUCCAGUGGCGUCGGAAAAACUGAGCUUGCACAUGCUUUAGCAGUUGAAUAUUUUGGGUCAAAAAAAUCCCUAAUCAGGAUAGACAUGAGUGAAUAUAUGCAGAGAUCUGCUGUUUCAAAGUUUAUUGGAUCGCCUCCGGGUUACAUUGGCUCUGCUGACGGUGGUCAACUGACUGAUGCUGUACGGAGGCAGCCUCACAGUGUGGUUCUCUUUGAUGAGAUGGAGAAGGCUCAUCCUGAUGUGUUGAAUAUUAUGCUUCAGGUUUUGGAUGAUGGUCGUUUAACGGAUAACAAAGGGAAGACUGUGAACUUCAAAAACACUUUCAUAAUAAUGACUUCAAAUGUUGGUUCUGAUAUAAUUGCUGAGGAAAGCCAUUUGGGGUAUGAUGAGGUGAAGAUGAAAGUUACAGAAGAGUUGAAAAAGAAUUUCAAGCCUGAGUUCUUGAAUAGAUUUGAUGAACUGAUUGUUUUUAGGCAAUUGACUUACUGUGAGCUAAAAGCAAUUGUUGAGAUCAUGCUGAAAGAACUUUAUCAAAGGGUAAAAGCAAUAAAAAUAAAUCUUGAAGUGACAGAAAAAUUCAAGGAAGAAUUGGUGAGACAGGGGAAUGAUCCUGCCUAUGGAGCAAGGCCACUGAAGAGGGCAAUCAGGAGGCUGGUUGAAGACACAUUGGCGGAGAAGAUAUUAAGUGGAGCGGUUAAGGAGGAAGAUAAUGUCAAAAUGGAUUUUGAUUCUAAUGGCAACAUAAUAGUAAAGCAACGUUUUGUCUUGGAUUAA